UUACUCAGAGAAACCCAAGCAGGAAACAGGAAAUGUACACGUUCCUGCAACCUAGGGAGAAAUUAACACAGAGCAUCAUGUCUUAUCACAGAAAAAGCAAUAUGCACAAGCAAAAUUUCAUGCUGUUUUCUGCCCUGUUUCUUGCCGCAGGAUCCACCAGUUAUGGUGAUGGACGUGGAAUGACUCUCUCACCACAUGGAUUUUCUUCAGGCCUCCAGGAUGACACUCAUAGACUGGCUCAAAUCUCAGAAUCUGAAACAGAAGAAGAUCAUUCAGGAGACAGUCCACUAUUAUCAUCCACUGUUAUAACAACUCCUAGUCCAGAGAGAUCUACCGUGCUUUCUACAGCUGCCCUUGACUCUGAUCUGAAACCUUCGACCACACCAGAAGCACCCAAGUUAGGAUUUGAAACAGGAAAUAAUGCAACUACUGAGUCAAAAGAUGAAAACAAUAAUAACACAGAAAUGGCAGGUGUUAACCCAGCCUUAAUAUAUGGCGUCCCUGCAGUCUUACUCAUCAUAUUAAUUCUGCUGAUCAUUGCCUUUGUAAUAUGGCACAAAAAGAAAAAGUCUAAGCAAGAUGAACUGGGAAGUGAAAAUGUCAAAAGUCCUAUUUUUGAAGAAGACACUCCCUCUGUUAUGGAAAUAGAAAUGGAAGAGCUCGAUAAAUGGAUGAAUAGUAUGAACAAAAAUGCUGAAUCUGAAUGUUUGCCUACUGUAAAAGAAGAAGAAAAGGACUCAAAUGCCAAUCAAAGCUCAGAUUCUGGAGCCCAAGAUACACUCACUGAGACACUGUGAAAAGGUAUUACAUUCAAGAUCCCUGCUCCUUUUCUUUUAUUAUGUAAUAGAUCAGAAGGGAGAAAAACUGAAAAGCUGUGGGAUGCAAAGAUAACUGCAAACCCUGUGUCUUAGAGUAGAUUUAACAUAUGUGUUUGCUUGUCAGGCCUACAGCAUUGUUAAACAAGGA